AUGAAACAGGGCAUAGUGUCAACAUUUGUCCUGCUAGUGCUUCUGGUACUUGCCACUGCCGCUCCCUUUUGUAGUGCCGGAUUCUGGGGUUCCGGUAGUGGUCCAACCGAUGACCAACAAGAACAACAACAACAACAAUCGAACCAGGAAUCAGUGUCUGCAGCAGAAGCAGCACCAUCUGCAAAGUUGGAUUACAAAUUAACUUUGAAACGACCCUAUUUUUACAAUGGCACUAUACCAUUUUGGAAGAUGAGUCAAGGAGUCAUCAAGGCAGAUGAUUUUGUUCGUUUGGCACCCUCCAUUCCUGGUGCACGCGGUUGGGUCUGGUCAGAACGUCCAAACACGCAUGACGAAUGGCAGGCCGAAGUAACAUUUCGAGUGACAGGAAGCCAUAUGCAUGGAGGACGCGGUUUGGCAUUUUGGUAUACUAAAGAAGCUAUGGGUGAUGGUCCUAUCUUUGGUGCUGGCGACAAGUGGGACGGCCUGGGUAUCUGGCUCGAUUCCGCGAAUCCUCGUACACAUACACCCACGACGAUGGCUCUUUUAAAUGACGGAUCUUUGGCUUUUUCAUCAAGAACGGACCCUUCGGGCUACAUUAUCGGAUCCUGUCAAAUCAAUUACCGAAACACUGGGAACGUGCCAGCACGUCUUCGUGUAACUUACACGGCAAAGACAUUGACAGUUAUGCUGGACCCCAUGGGCGACGGCAAGGAUUAUCGAACCUGCAUUCAAAAGACGGGCAUCGCUUUGCCCAGCAAUUACUACUUUGGUUUUUCGGCUGCUUCUCACAAUCCUGCAGAUGACCAUGAUAUAAUUUCCUUUGAAACUUGGCAAUUGAACCCACCUGCCAAGAUGCAUCGUUCAAAGCGACCGAUGGAAGAGGAGAUGAUCAAUCAAGGAGAAGAAUUCAAGGAAUUGAAUGAAGAACAAAAACGGGCAUCUAUAUUUGACACACAGCGACGCGUGCUUGAAGAUAUCCAGAUCAUGCAGAUGCAAAUUGAAGCUAUCGGUGCACCUUCACCUGAAGAUCUGCUUCUCGGCAAUUAUGAAAAGAAGACGACGGCAUCUGGAUCGUCGUCAUCAUCAGAUGGCGACAGCAAAGAAACAAUGUAA